AUGGUGACCUGGGCCUUUAUAUCCUUUGCAGUGCUCAUAUGGGCAGCUGUGUCAACUGCCUCUGUAGAUACCAGUCUCCUAUCGAUUCGCGGCCAACAACCCAUCCAUUUGAAUUUGACCGGCCAUAUACCCGCAGAAAAAGUUCUAGACUUUGUCUUUGUGGACUUUGAUGUUCCCGAAGGAACAACUUCAAUAUCUGUGCUGCAAAAGUACUCAUUGAAAGGCAAGGGAAACGCCCUGGAUCUUGGAUGCUGGGACCAACGGGGCCACCAUCUUGCUCUCGAGGGGAACUUCACUACUGGAUUCCGAGGAUGGUCCGGCGGUGCAAGGGAUAACUUUACUAUUACCCCUGAAUACGCUUCCCCUGGAUAUAUUGCGGGUGCGAUCCAACCUGGUGUCUGGUCUGUAGCCCUUGGCCCAUACAACUCAGUUCCUCAGGGCAUUGACUACGAAUUGAAUAUCAACCUGGGAUUUGAGCCCGUAAAGUCCUACUUUCAGCCUGCCUUUGCACCAAGCCGUAUAGAUAGCAGUCUUUAUAUGAACGAAUCUGGAAGCAAUAUCGACCAGCUGAAAAACAGACCUGGACAACCUGGCUUACAAUGGUACCGAGGAGACUUCCACAUUCACACCAUAUACUCAGAUGGCAAACAGACUCCCCAAAGAGUUGUGGAGCUGGCUCAACAAGCCAACCUCUCAUUCUUCUUCAGUACUGACCAUAACACGCAAUCCUCAGGCUUGAUCUGGGGUGCCGUUGCUCCACCUUCUUUGCUUGUCGGAAGAGGUAUCGAGGUGACCACCCGUGGCGGGCACUGGAAUGCACUGGGCCUCAACUGGAACGAAUGGGUUGAAUUUCGUUAUAAGGGGGAUGACAGCACCGCUAUCUCUCAAGCGGUUCGACAGGUCCAGCGCCAUGGAGGCCUUGCGGUAGCUAAUCAUCCAUUUGCUAACGACUGUCUUGCGUGCGAUUGGUCAUUCAGUUUCAAUAUCAUGGAUGGACUGGAGGUCUGGAACGGAGUUUGGAACAAUUUCGAUAGAAAGGCUGUGGAUAAAUGGCACAGUAUGCUUGUUCAGGGUUCAAGGGCAUUCGCUAUCGGCGGCAGCGACUAUCAUAACUCUCCGUCUGCAGUCGGUAUGCCCACUACCGUAGUUCGUUCAGAAAGUCUGUCAACGGCACAGAUCGUGGAUAGUCUUCGGCAUAACCGAGCAUAUAUCGUUCGUGACCCAAGUAUUGAUAUCCAAUUUACCCUUAGCCACCAGGGCGAGACAAUCCAUAUCGGUGAUAAAGUAAAAAGUGGGAAGGAAAAUAAGAUCCGUGGUCCGAUAUCUGCGGCUCUGGAGGUGAAGGGACUCCCUGCGAAUGCCGUGGCGCUUUUUAUAUCUGAUAAAGGCCUUCUUAAACGCCAGGCUAUCUCCCAGGCCGAUCCUGUUCUUCAUGCCAGAGUUGAUUCAAAGCACUCAUUCAUCCGCGUGGAAGUCCAAGAUCCGACUGGCUCUAUGCUAGCCAUGACAAAUCCAAUUUGGAUAUAA